CCUAUCAGCUCCUCUCAUCUUCCAACGGGAUGCAAAACUUCUCCGGAGAGGAAGGAGGGAAGCAGCUCCUCACUAUUGUCAGAUCUUACUGCCGCUCCCUUCAGCCUGUUGAUUCGGUUGGUUAGUUAGACACUAGUGCGACUCUCCUCGGCCUGUUGACUAUUAGGUCUAGGUGAGUUAGGCAGGACAGAGUGAGGACCAUGGCCAACUCAGCUCUGGAGAUCAUUGGCUUGUUGCUGUCUCUCAUCGGUCUGAUCGGGACAGCUGCCAGCACGGGGAUGCCCAUGUGGCGCGUGACGGCUUUCAUCGGCGAGAACAUCAUCGUGUUCGAGACGCGCUACGAGGGUCUGUGGAUGAAUUGCUUUAGACAGGCCAACAUCAGGAUGCAGUGUAAAGUGUACGACUCCCUCCUGGCUCUGCCCCCGGACCUGCAGGCGGCCAGGGGUCUCAUGUGCUGUGCCUUGGCCCUGGCAGGGGUGGGGCUGCUCAUAUCUAUCCUGGGCUUACAGUGCACGGCCUGCAUCCGGGACAACGACCGUGCAAAACGCACGGUGCUCAUCAUCGCUGGCAGCAUGAUCCUCGGGGCCUGCGUCUGCAUCAUCAUCCCAGUCUCCUGGACGGGUCACACUAUCAUCCGUGACUUCUACAACCCCCUGCUGAUCGACGCCCAGCGCAGGGAGCUGGGCGAAGCUCUCUACAUUGGAUGGGUCUCCUCUGCCUUCCUCUUCGCCGGCGGCUGCAUGUUCUGCUGCUGUAACGUCAAAGAGGAUAAAAGGCAAGACAAGUACAUGUACUCCAGGAACAGCCCUAGUCAAUACAUGUCUUACGCCCCUCAAACACAGUACCUGCCACAGUACCAGACCCAGCUCCAGCCUCAGCCUCUACAGAGGCAGCUGUCCAGUUACAGCUACCCCGGCUCCAACCACUACCCCUCCAGGUACCCCUCGGAACGCAGCGCUGUGGCUUACCUCUGAGUGUUGAGACUAAAGGGAGGGAAAGAGAGAUUUAGUGUUUUAUACAGACUGGAGAAACUGACGUGUUCUCAUGGGUACGGUUUGAGAGAAGCCUUUUAGUUGUUAAAAGAUGCAUAUCAGCAAAAAGUAAGAGACUAAAUGAUUGUAAUACACUGUGAAACUCACAAAGAGAGGAUUAAUUGUAAAAUUAUCAUAAGAUGCAUUUCGGUUGAGAAAAGAAAAAAACGUGUCUAUCUGAUUUGUUUGUAAGAAAGCUGUUUAAAGAUACUAAAUACACUUAUUAUAGAUCAACUGUGAACUCAUCAAAAGAAUACUUUGAGGGAACCUUAAUCCUAAAAAAAAAAAAAUCCUUUGUUUUCGUAUUUGUACUUACUUUGUAUUGGUGGAGUGUAUAAGCAUAUGUUUUUUUAAUGACGCCCCUAAAGAUUAUUUGUGUAAAUAUAUGUACAAAUUGUGUUGAUGUGGUUGUGUGCUUUGUGCAGUAAAUGUAGGUUUCUUACACAUAAUAUCCCCUUAGUUACAUUAGGUGUUACAUAAUAUGUAGCUUUUAUAAUGUAAAAAGCAAUUGUCAAAUAUGCGUCCCAAAGGGCACUCUAUUCCCUAUUUAGUGCACUAAUUUUGACCAGGGCCAAAAGGGAAUAGGGUCCAUAGGGUUCUGGUCAAAAGUAGUACACUAUAUAGGCUGCCAUUAGGGAUGCAUCCAUUAUCCUUCAUUUUAUUAUUUCAUUCCUAAAGUAUCUGAUUAGACAAACUCAUCUCCUAUUGACAGAUAUGUAGCUGACUGUGUGCUGUAAAGUGACAUUUCUGCUAAUGUGUUUUUGGAGAACAGCAGCACAGGGCUGGCUUUCUUACAUUGGUCCCCCCCCCC